CUGCUCUUCUCCUCUCCCCCACGAGAUCUCCUCCUCGCCGCAUCCUCUCUCUCUCUCGGUCCCGGCGUUCCUCUCCUCAGCUCCUCCCGCCGGUGAUAGGGCCAGUGGCGCCGCGCCACCUUUGGCCAGUUCUUCGUUGGGCGCUGCGCCGAGGACGAGCAUCCGACAGGGAUCCAUACCUCUCCGUCCUACCUUGUAAUCUGCACCGAGCUUACACACUGAUAAUCCUAGUACUCUGACAGGAAAUUGACCUUUAUCUAUCUAUUCCACAUUCUUUUGCGAUUAUGGCACUAGCAGCUAUCUACAGCCUUUUCAUCAUUAACAAAUCCGGUGGCCUUAUAUACUACAAGGACUAUGGUUCAGCAGGGAGGAUGGACACCAACGACAGUCUAAGAUUGGCAAGUCUCUGGCAUUCAAUGCAUGCUAUCUCCCAGCAACUCUCCCCUACCCCUGGCUGUAAUGGCAUUGACCUCCUGCAAGCCCAUAAUUUCGAUCUUCAUUGCUUCCAAUCCCUGACAGGUACAAAAUUUUUUGUUGUAUGCGAGACUGGCGCACCAAAUAUGGAAAUGCUGCUGAAAGUGAUCUAUGAGUUGUACACUGACUUUGUUUCGAAGAACCCGUUCUAUGAGAUGGAGAUGCCGAUUCGGUGUGAGCUCUUUGAUCUCAACCUGGCACAGGUGAUCCAGAAGGACCGUGUUGCACUCUUGGGUCGGUGAAAUUUAAAAACUCUAAAUGGUCUCAACCGCAUCAUGUAUCGUAGUUUUUCCUCUCUCCCUAAAACCACACUCAGAUUUGCUCAGCUGGAAUUCUGAGAUCUAGCGAUGUAUAUGUAAUUGAUAACUUGAGUAGUUUGUUGCUUAUCUGUAAUAUUCCUGUGAUGUGAUGGAAAUGAAGAGUUCUGCGUACAGAAAAUGUUGCUGCCAA